AGCCUUGAGGAGCGGGAGUAGUGUCAUCUUUCAAUAGAUUUUUCUGAUAAUGUCCAAGGAUUGUGGCUCCGCACCCUCCUCACUAAUGCCAAAAAGUAAUUAAUAUUUCUCUCACUCCGCAGUCCCAUGCUUCAACGAUGCCCAUGGUUAUUUCUGGAUAAGGAGGUGACCAGAACUUCUGCACUGGCCUCCCCCAACCAUGUCCUCCGCCACCGCCGCCGCCGCCGCGGCCACCUCGACCGCCUCCGCCGCCGCCACUCACUUCUCUCCGCCACCUCCGCCCUUCCCCGCACCCCAUCCCCUCCUCCCUCCCGAGCACGCCGCCUCCCUGAUCGACCGGUGCCGAACCGUCCGCCGCCUCCUCGAGAUUCACGCCGCCGUCCUCCGCGCCGGCCACCACCACCACCCGAUCGUCAACUUCAAGCUUCAGCGCUCCUACUCCUCCCUCGGCCUCCUCGACCGCCACCUCGCCCUCCUCCGCCUCACUCCCGACCCCAACGUCUUCUUCUGGACCGCCGCCAUCCACGCCCACGCUCUCCACGGCCUCCACCAGGCUGCCCUCCUCCUCCUCUCCCAGAUGCUCUCCGCUGCCGUCGUCCCCAAUGCCUUCACCCUCUCCUCCGCCCUCAUAUCCUGCCCCCUCCCCCAAGGCCGCGCCCUCCACGCCCACUCCCUCAAGCUCUCCCUCACCGCCGACCCCUACGUUGCCACCGCCCUCCUCGACAUGUACGCCCGCGCCAGCGACGUCGCCUCUGCCCGCCGCCUCUUCGAAGACAUGCCCGAGCGGCGGCUCGUCUCUUCCACAGCUAUGAUGACUUGCUAUGCUAAGCUUGGCGACUUGGUGCAGGCCCGCCGGUUGUUCGACGAAAUGGACCACAGGGACUGCGUCUGCUGGAACACUAUGAUCGAUGGGUACACCCAGCACGGCCGCCCCAACGAGUCUCUGGCCCUCUUUAGGCGGAUGCUAAGGUCCUCCGCUAGGCCCAAUGAAGUCACGGUGAUCUCCGUGCUUUCUGCUGUCGCCCAGCUGGGCUCGCUGGCUUCAGGCAAAUGGGUGCAUUCUUACAUAAAGAACAUCAACAAUCGAAUCGAGUUCAAUGCCAAAGUUGGGACCGCGUUGAUCGACAUGUAUUGCAAAUGUGGGAGCUUGGAGGAUGCUUGCUUGGUGUUCGACAGCAUCAAAGACAAGGAUGUCGUUGCUUGGAAUUCGAUGAUCGGCGGUUACGCAAUGCAUGGCAACAGCAAGGAAUCCCUCAAGCUCUUCUCCAAAUUACGCGCUGAAGGUUUUCAACCGACUGACAUCACCUUCAUUGCAGUCUUGAAUGCUUGUAGCCAUUCAGGUCUGGUGAGUGAAGGAAGGGAGCUCUUCCACAUGAUGGAAAAUGAUUACAGAAUUGAGCCUAAAGUUGAGCAUUAUGGAUGCAUGGUUGAUCUCCUCGGGCGUGCAGGGUUGGUAGAUGAGGCAUAUGAGCUUGUUCGGAGCCUGAGAUUUAAGCCGGACACAGUAAUGUGGGGUUCAUUGCUUGCAGCUUGUAGACUCCACAAAAACAUGGCUUUGGGAGAGAAGAUUGCGAAUUAUUUGGUCAGCAAUGGCCUUGCAAACUCUGGGACUUACGUUCUUCUGUCCAAUAUCUAUGCAGCAGUGGGGAAUUGGGAGGAGGUGGGUAGAGUGAGGACCUUGAUGAAGGGGAGUGGGGUUCAAAAGGAGCCUGGUUGUAGCUCCAUUGAAGUCGACAAUAAGGUGUAUGAGUUUGUUGUGGGGGACUUGAGUCAUGCCAAGAGCCAAGAGAUAUAUGCAAUGCUGGAGGAGUUGAAUGGCUUGCUCAAAGCUCAUGGAUAUGUUCCCCAGGUAGAGCUGGUGUUGCAUGAUUUAGAGGAGCCGGAGAAAGAGCGAGCUCUCAGGGUUCACAGCGAGAAAUUAGCUAUAGCUUUUGGGCUGAUCAGCACUAAACCAGGGACGGCGAUUAAGAUUGUCAAGAACCUUCGAGUUUGCACUGAUUGUCAUACUGUUACGAAACUGAUCUCUAAGAUAAGUGGGAGGAAGAUUAUUGUAAGGGAUAGGAAUAGAUUCCACCAUUUUGUUGAUGGCUUAUGCUCUUGUGGGGAUUAUUGGUGAUUGUGAUUUAAUUUUGUAAGAUUAAUCUCACCUUCACUUGUAAUUAUCCUUGUAAUUUGUAACGGAUGGCCACCACUAUGAACAUAUUCUCUCAUAUCCCAGACGUUGUCAUUAGCCUC